AAGCCAGGCUGACCUUUAUGCUCCCAGAAUCAUCAACCUUUUGUUGGAAACCAUGGAAAGACAGUUCUGGGAAAAUAAUGAAAAUCAUACCACACUGUGGAGAUAACUAGAAGUCCUGCUAAGAAUGCAGGGUUCUCCUCUCCUUCCAGAAAAAGCCCCCGCUUCCGCUGGAGAAUGGAAAUUGGCAAAGAGAGAGGGAAAAGGUCCAAUUUGCGCCUUUGCUAUUUUAGGGGAGAUUGAAAUUACCAGCCAAAGUGGAGUGAUGCGCUCACUGGAGUGACCUCCGUUCUCCAAGACAGGAGAAAACCCAGGUCCUCUGCUCCUGAAGUGGCUCGAGCUCUUGGGUGUGAGGCAUUAUUAUAUAAAUUCAAGCUCGCUCCUGAUCCUUAGUACCCUGAGUUGCCUGAAGGGGGGAAUGGCACUGCCUGCGUGUGCAGUCCGGGUGCUUGGGCAGCCGCUGCAACCGGAGCGAAGAGCGCCCGCCCGCACCACCUGUCCCCGCCGGCAUUCCAGAGUAGAGGCCGAAUUGGCAGCAAGCCGGCCCGGGUCAGUCGCCGCCUCAGUCCGCGCGGGCCCUCCUAGGGGUGUGUCUCAAGGAUUCCACUCUCAGCUGCUGCCGGACGAGCCCCUAAAGGCUUCUUCCUCCCCGGCGGGAGCCGCGCGCACCCCGCUCUUCGCGCUGCUGUCCCGAGGCCGCCGCAGGCGGAUGCACGACCUCAGGCGACGCUGGGACCUGGGCUCCCUCUGCCGGGCCCUGCUCACCCGGGGCCUGGCCGCCCUGGGCCACUCGCUGAAGCACGUGCUCGGUGCGAUCUUCUCCAAGAUUUUCGGCCCCCUGGCCAGCGUCGGGAACAUGGAUGAGAAAUCUAACAAGCUGCUGCUGGCUUUGGUGAUGCUCUUCCUAUUUGCCGUGAUCGUCCUCCAAUACGUGUGCCCCGGCACAGAAUGCCAGCUCCUCCGCCUGCAGGCGUUCAGCUCCCCGGUGCCGGACCCGUACCGCUCCGAAGAUGAAAGCUCCGCCAGGUUCGUGCCCCGCUACAAUUUCACCCGCGGCGACCUCUUGCGCAAGGUAGACUUCGACAUCAAGGGCGAUGACCUGAUCGUGUUCCUGCACAUCCAGAAAACCGGGGGCACCACUUUCGGCCGCCACCUGGUGCGCAACAUCCAGCUGGAACAGCCGUGUGAGUGCCGCGUGGGUCAGAAGAAAUGCACUUGCCACCGACCGGGUAAGCGGGAGACCUGGCUCUUCUCCAGAUUCUCUACGGGCUGGAGCUGCGGACUGCACGCCGACUGGACCGAGCUCACCAGCUGCGUGCCGGCCGUGGUGGACGGCAAGCGCGACGCCAGGCUGAGACCGUCCAGGUGA